GGCAGUGAUUUAUCCGUUUAAAUGGACAAAUUUAAAAUAUAAAAACAUACACAAGGAUCAAAAGGAGCAACAAACAUGUUGAUAAAAACAUUCUACAUCAUCCACCCAUUUUAUUCCAAGUGAGCGGAAUUCAUGAUGAUCGAGUAGCUCUACCAUAGCACCAAAGACAUACAAGAGAGCUGCUGACUCUAGAGCUCUCCGCUUACUGGCUUUUGAACAAAAUUUCGAGAGAGCCUGGAGCCACUUGAAAAGCCACCACGAAAAAAUCGUGUGCAAAAAAAUCGUAUGGCGUUACGCAUCUUGUUAUUCUAAUGUCUUUGAAGCACUCUCUAUUGUCUUCACUUGUCAAACACUGUUUUGUGUUAAGCGCUGCUCAUUGCUUGCUAAAUCAAAUUCAACUGUACGUGCGGUUGGGGGCACGCAACAUAAAUAACCCCAGCGCUGUGUAUACAGUCGAAAAUACCAUUGUGCAUCCUCACUACAAUAAAUUGACAGUCGACAGUGAUAUAGGGCUGCUUCAACUAUCGAACAAUAUCACCUACAACGCUCUAGUUCAACCAAUUUGCAUUUUUGUGGAUAAAAGUAUUAAGCCGGCGGUGGAGAACUUGAAAACGUUUAGAUCCUUUGGCUGGGGACUUAAGGAGGGCAGACUUAGCGACAUCCUGCAGACCGUCGAUCUGAUGCAGUACAAACGAGAGGUGUGUGAAGGUACACUAACCGUUACUCUGAGUUCAACACACAUUUGCGCAGGAAGGGAAGAGGAAAGGGGAGACACCUGUGGGGGCGAUUCGGGGGGUCCAUUGUCGACAAGUUUUGAAAAUUCUUCCAUGAAAGUUGAGGUGCAGUUGGGAAUCGUAAGCGCAGGGACUAGGGAAUGCAAAGGAGUAGGGGUGUAUACCGACGUGACCAGCUAUGUGGAUUGGAUCAAGUCAACAAUAGCUACCCAUGACAUUUCACAGAAGUACAACGGCAGAAAAGAGACUUUCAUGAGCAAUCCCUUGGCUCAACCACCGAUUCCUGUGCAUCCUCCACCGAUUCCUGUGUAUUAUCCACCGUAUUCUGUGGAUCCUCCGCCGAUUCCUCAAGGGACUCAUCGGUUGAUACAUCCCCAGUCACUUCCUCCGAUGUUGUACAAUGACUGCAGUCAGAAUAUUUCGACACCGAUCGCGCAGCUAAGCAUUUAUGGCCCUGGUUUCACUACGCUGGGUGUGUUCAUAACAGAUCAACUGAUCAUCACUGCUGCCACAGACUUGCCCGAAGUUGCCGCCUCUUUGUACGUGGUCGUUGAGGAGCCAACGAGGAGUGCGGUCUUCCAAAUUGAAUCGGUAUCAAAGCACCCAAAUUUUACGAAUGAUUACCAGAAUGACAUAGCAGCACUCAAAAUUGUUGGAUCAAUAGAAACCCACCCAUAUAAACCCAUCUGCAUUUUGAAAACGGCACAGUAUCAGCUAAAGGCCGAAUCUUAUUCUUUAUUUAAUAUACUUAAUAAAACGUCGGAUGUCAAAUUCGUCGCCAACCCCAUGAAACGCUACCUAUGCUCAUGGUAUAUGGGUUUUGAGAUCCAUGAAAGCCAGCUUUGUAUGGAAGAUCCACCGAACACAAGUGAUCCCCAACAGAAUCAUGAUUACAUUAUGGCAGGAGAGCUGUAUGCAAAUGACCAGAAACGCCAUCUUUUGUUCGGCAUUUUCAGUUUUUCAAAUGAAGGCAUACUCGUUUUUACAAAUGUUAUGAGACACACGUAUUGGAUAAGUUCCUUGCUGUAAACGUUUUCAAAUUCCAUCGUAAAAUCUUUGAAUGGUUGUCUUAUACUUGUAUUAAGCUCAACACGAGUAGCACAAGUGAAUAAUGAACAAUAAAGUAAGCCUACAAAUAAGAA